CACUCGCGCAAUCUUGUUCCUAUGUUUUGUUAAUUAAUAUGAAAGUUGAUUCUUAACAACUUGGCAGUAAUUCUUUGACGUGUGUUUUAUACAUUUACUUGAAAAUUUUGGUAAUUUGAAGGUUUUGUUUAUUUUUGUUAGUGAAUAGUGAUGCAAAAGUGAGUCUUGAGGAGCCAUUCUGACUGGAUUUCUGUAAUUCCGUUGUUUUGUCUUUGGAGUCUUCUUUUUGAACUCUUUCUAGAUUUUCAUCAAGUAUGUAUUACUGUUUGCUCAAUUCUGUUUACCGAGGGCAUAAUUACGAGCUGACUUUUGGAGCUUCUGUUCACGUUAGGAGUAAUUCAUGCUCUAUGAUUCGGAUGUAAUACACAGUAUCGUACUUCUCAUUGGAGAUAAAAUUUGUUCAUUAUAAGAACGAGGCGAGGGAGCUGUUUGGCACGUAUGAGAGUCUCGAUAUCUGUUGCUUUUGGAGCAUAUGGGUGACGCCUCUGAUCAGCUGCUUCCUCUAGCAACUCAACCACUGCCAAAUUCUUCACGAUUCUCAUCUGAUGAAAAUGCUUUACCCCCUCAGGAGUCCGUUCAUCCUGACCAUAAUGGUCGUGAUGCUGGGGCCAGUCUUUUUCCUCUUCCCUUUUCAAAUGCAUCCACCUCUACUCCCUUCCCUACUUCUCUUCAACAGACGGGCCCACCAUCUCAGUUGAAUUAUCUUCUAUCCAAUGGUUCUGAAUUAGCGUGCUCGCAGCCUCAUGCUAGAUCCAGCGGUUCUUAUGUGCAAUCUGAGUGCAAUAAUGACAUUGAAGCUGCUGCUCAGAAUGCCAUGCUACAAGAACAAGAAAUUGCCACCCAAAAGAUUAUUCAGAGCCAAAGAGAAUCAACUGCUGCGAGUGGACCUCCUGAGGACAGUAAGGACAUUUUGUCUGGACGUCAUGACCCAAAUGCUCUAAAGGAGCAUCUAUUGAAAAUGACCACACAACAUCGAACAGAAAUGACUUUAAAACGUGGGAAGCCUACAUUUAAAGAGGAAGGUAAUGUGGAAAUUGGAAAUGGAUAUGGUGUGCCAGGUGGAGGUGCUUACUAUGGCACUUCAGUAAACAAUGUAAAUACCCAUGAAAAUUUAGCAGUUGAAGGUAAUAAAACAAGUCAAAAGAAUACAGAGUUUAGCAUAGAAUCUGAGCGGAAGUCAGAGGCAAAAGAUUUGCCUGAGUAUCUCAAGAAAAAGUUAAAAGCAAGGGGUAUUCUGAAAGAUGAUUGUAUUUCAGAGAAUCUCCGCAUCUCAGAAAACAGCUUGGAGAUUGCGCCACCUCAGACCACUGUGCCUGGGAAUUUGCCGCUAGGAUGGAUUGAAGCAAGGGACCCUGAGAAUGGUGCUUUGUUUUAUUAUAACCAAAUUUCUGGAAGAAGUCAAUGGGAAAGACCUAUUGAUACUGGUCCUAGUUUGGUUUCAGUGACACCUUCUCUACCAGAUGAUUGGCAAGAAGCGUUUGAUGAAACAACGGGUCAAAAGUAUUACUAUAACAGGAAGACCAAUGUGUCGCAAUGGGAGCAUCCAGGAAGUCUUCUGCAGGUUACCCCUCAACAUCAUGAGAGAACUGUCUCCAGUAAUGCUAUGGAAGGGAAUCGGGGAGCUCAGGCUAGUAAUGCUAUGGAAGGGAAUUGGGGAGAUCAGGUUAAUAAUGCUAUGGAAGGGAAUUUUGGAGCUCAGGCAUCUAUGUUGCCGAAAUGCAUGGGUUGUGGUGGGUGGGGUGUGGGGCUAUUACAGUCGUGGGGUUACUGCAACCAUUGCACUCGACUUCUUAAUCUUCCACAAUGCCAAUACGUAUCAACCAGUGUAGAAAGCCAACAGCAUACCAUCACGGCUGCCGGAAAUAAAGGAGACUCAGACAAGAGAUCUUUCAAGAACAGGUCUGAUAUGAAACCCCCACGUGGGAUGAGCUAUAAAAGGGACAACAGGAAGCGUGCCUAUUCUGAGGAUGACGAGUUGGACCCUAUGGAUCCAAGCUCAUACUCAGAUGCUCCUCGUGGUGGUUGGGUUGUAGGCCUUAAAGGAGUACAACCGAGAGCAGCAGACACCACUGCCACAGGUCCUCUCUUUCAGCAGCGCCCUUACCCGUCACCCGGGGCAGUCUUACGUAAAAAUGCUGAAAUUGCUUCUCAAAAGAAAAAGCCCGGCUCUCAAUACGCUCCUAUAUCGAAGAGAGGGGAUGGAAGUGAUGGGCUCGGGGAUGCUGACUGAACAAUGCAAUCGUAUUGAUGCACAUCAUCGAGUUUUCCUUAGGACUCUCUUAAGUUGAUCACUAAGUUCACAAAAGAAUCCAAUGAUACUAUUGUGGAUGAAUACAGCAAAAAUUAUGAUUCCAGUGUUACUUUUUUGUUCAAGUCAAUUAUAAUUAGUUCCAUUAAAAGCUGGAAACAAGGUGUGAGGUCGAGCUCAAGGUUUUGUUGAUAGAAUUGUGAGCUUUUACUGCAGAAUGUGAAUUAAGAAUAAUGUUUUAUGACAAGGAAUGAAAUUUUGUUGGAUGGUUACGAAUUAUAGUUUGAUAUUUA